GGUUUGCGGGAGGAGCGUGCCGUCGGCGUUCCUGCCUGGCGAGCUGCCUUAUCCGGGUUCACCGUCGCUUCUCUCAUGGCGGUCGGUGUACUGCGGGGCUUCGGCUGCAGCAGCUGCGGCUAGAGGAAGGGGGAGCGGGAGGGAGGAGGAAAGGGAGCGCGCCGGUCGUGAGCCGUGGCGGGGGCCGGAGCAGCAACGGCGUCGGGGGCGGCGUCGGCGAUGAGUUGGUUCAACGCCUCUCAGCUCUCGACCUUCGCCAAGCAGGCUCUGUCUCAGGCGCAGAAGUCCAUCGACCGGGUGCUGGACAUCCAGGCCGAGGAGGAGGAGGAGGAAGGCGGCGAAGCGGCGCAGGGCGGAAGCGCCCCGUCCCGACCGCGAGAGGCGGGAACAACUUCUCUUACGAGUGGAGGAUGGGAUACUUCUACCUGGGGAGCCAAUGCAGAUACAGAAUCUCAAAGUCAGCCAAUAUCAUCUCCUACAGCCAUCACCAAGCCUGUUAGGAGGACUGUGGUAGAUGAAUCAGAAAACUUCUUCAGUGCCUUUCUCCCAUUAACGGAUGUUCAGAGCAUACAGCAAAGUCCAGUGGUGUCUAAGCCACCCACCAAAUCGCAGCGACCCAAAGAAGAAGUAAAAAGCACACUAGAAGAAUCUCUGCAUGCUGACCUGCCAGAAACAGAAGGAAAAGAUUUCUCUGUAAUUUCAUCUGUGGAACUGGGAAACUUCAGUAAUUCCCAGGAAAAGUUAGAAGAAGGUACUUCAGUACUUGAUAUCGAUGGCAAGCAUAAUGAAGAUGUGCAUGAGGAAAACAACACUAAAGACGCUGAUCAAGAAGCAUCUGCUCAGAAUCUCAAGGUAGCAGAAGCCACUGCUAUUGUGAAAGUAAGUUCAGGAAGUGAAGAACCUGGUCAUAUGCCUGACAUCUCCACACAACCCCUGCCUGCAGAGACAAAGAGUAUAGGUUUGGAAACUAAAGAGCGAAAAAGUGAGGAUCGGCAAAGCAAUACACCUUCACCUCCAAUUAGCACUUUCUCCUCAGGGACGUCGACAACUAGUGACAUUGAAGUUUUGGACCACGAAAGUGUGAUAAGUGAAAGUUCUGUAAGCUCAAGGCAAGAGGCUGCCGAUUCGAAAGCUAGUCUUCACCUGAUGCAAACUUCUUUUCAGCUUUUAUCAGCAUCUGCUUGCACAGAAUAUAAUCGCCUUGAUGACUUUCAAAAAUUGACUGAGAGUUGCUGCUCCUCUGAUGCUUUUGAAAGGAUAGACUCAUUCAGCAUGCAGUCUUUAGACAGUCGGAGUGUGAGUGAAAUAAAUUCAGACGAUGAAUUGUCAGGUAGGGGAUGCGUUUCGGCAUCUGUAACCCUCAGCCCUUCAACACUAAAAUCUGAAGAGCCUGAACCUAUAAAAAGCAAGUCUGACCAAAUCUUAAGUGAAAUUAUUGCACUACCCACAGAAGAAACAGAAAUGGAGGAAAGUGGGAGAAGCGCGACACCUGUUAACUCAGAUCAGCCAGACGUCUUGGCUGUUUCUGUGCAAACUGAUGGACAGACUCAGAAAGCGGAGGUGGCAGUACAUUGGCCCAGUGCUGAAAAGCUGUCAAGUGUAGAGUGUGAAAAAGAAGAGCUUUGCAAGAUUAUUGAUUCACUGACGGAAAAACUGGAAAUGAGGGAAACUCGCCUGUUAAGUGUUAGUAAAGAGAAGGCACGCCUAGAAGAAGCUUGUGAUAAUCUUAAUGAUGAAAUCAUCAAGAUGAAAGAAGAGAACAGUAGCAUUUCAUCUCUUAAAGAGGAGUUUGCUCAGCGAAUAGCAGAUGCAGAGAAAAAGGUUCAGCUAGCAUGCAAAGAGAGAGAUACAGCAAAAAAGGAAGUAAAGAUUCUCAAAGAAGAUCUAGCAACUAGAUUGAACAGUAAUGAAACCGCUGAAAUACUAAAGGAGAAAGAUGAACAAAUUAAAGGAUUAAUGGAGGAAGGAGAAAAGCUUUCAAAACAACAGUUGCAAAAUUCUAACAUCAUUAAGAAGCUAAGGGCAAAGGAAAAGGAAAGAGAAAAAACAAAUACAAAGCAGAAUAAAAAGAUUACGGAAUUAGAAGAAGAGUUACAGCAUUUGAAACAGGUGUUGGAUGGCAAAGAAGAAGUUGAAAAGCAGCACAGGGAGAGCAUCAAGCAGCUAAGCAGUGUGGUUGAACGGCAAGAGAAGGAUAUUACCAGACUCCAGACGGAUCUUGAGGAUCUUGAAGAGAAGAACCGAAGUGUGCAGGCAGCUCUUGAUAGUGCAUACAAGGAACUUGCAGAUCUUCACAGAGCCAAUGCUGCAAAAGACUGUGAGGCACAAGAAGCAGCAGUAAGCCAUGAACUGAAAGUGAAGGAGCAGCUGGGCUUAGCUCUAGAGAAGGCCCAAGAGGAGGCUCGCCAGCAACAAGAGGCUUUAGCAAUUCAGGUGACAGACUUGAGAGUGGCCCUGCAACGUGCAGAACAACAAACGGCUAGAAAGGAGGAUUAUUUGCGCCAGGAAAUUAGUGAACUUCAGCAGAGACUUCAGGAAGCGGAGACUCGCAACCAGGAGCUGAGUCAAAGUGUUACAUCUGCUACAAGGCCCCUGCUCCGACAGAUAGAAAACCUGCAAGCAACCUUGGGAGCACAGACCUUGUCAUGGGAGAAGUUAGAGAAGAAUCUCUCUGAUAGGCUUGGGGAAUCUCAGACUGCCUUGGCAGCACAGGCUGAAAGAGAACGCGCUGCUACAGAGGAACUUCUUGCCAAUAAAAUCCAGCUUUCUUCCACCGAGUCACAAAAUAGCCUCCUAAGGCAAGAAAAUACCCGCCUUCAAGCACAACUCGAGACAGAGAAAGCCAGGCUUAAGAAACUAGAAAAUGAAAACAAUCGGUAUGAAGUCGAGCUGGAAAACCUUAAAGAAGAGUAUGUGAAAACUGUUGGAGAGGCAAAGAAAGAAAAGACGCUGCUAGCUACUCAGCUGGAAAUGGAGAAAAUGAAAGUUGAGCAGGAAAAGAAGAAAGCAAUUUUUGUACAAGAAACUGCGAGAGAAAAGGAGCGUAAAUUAUACACUUCAUCAACAAUGGAAACUGUCUCAAGCACUCCAACUCUGUCCCGUUCAAGCUCAAUAAGUGGGGUUGAUAUGGCAGGACUCCAGGCAUCCUUUGUAUCCCAGGAUGACCAACAUGAUCAUUCCUUUGGUUCAGUGUCUACAAGUGGGAACAAUCUAUAUGACGCAAUGAGAAUGGGAGCAGGCUCAAGCAUUAUUGAAAACCUACAGUCACAAUUAAAAUUGCGAGAGGGCGAGAUUUCUCACCUACAGCUGGAAAUCGGAAAUCUUGAAAGAACUCGGUCGGUAAUGGCAGAAGAGCUGGUAAAGCUGACAAAUCAAAAUGAUGACUUAGAAGAAAAAGUAAAGGAGAUUCCCAAGCUACGUGCACAGCUAAGGGAUUUGGAUCAGAGGUACAAUACCAUUCUCCAGAUGUAUGGUGAGAAAGCAGAGGAAGCAGAAGAACUGAGGUUGGACCUUGAAGAUGUGAAAAAUAUGUACAAGACUCAGAUUGAUGAACUUCUAAAACAAAGGCAUAGUUAAUUAUUGCUGAAGUUGCAGCUUGCAAACGACGUUGCAUUAAACUGUAGAAAUGUUUAUGUAAAUGCAGAUGAGUUGUAAAGAAUUUGUACUAUAGGAUGAUUAUACUGUAGAGGGUUUGUACGUUGGCAAGAAUGUUAUGCUUUUGUGAUGGCCAACUGUCAGCAAUUAAAUUAUUUGUUAAUAUUUAAAUUUUUAUAUCCAUAGCUGAAUGUUAAUUAAAAGGCAGACCAUCUUGUUGUCAAUAUAGUAAGUUGCAAAUUAGUUUGCAUAAUGCUGAUCAUUCAGCAGCAGGAGCUUUUUAAUUGCAGUUGCCUCACGGGGAUGUAGCUGAAUAAUUUCACUGACAGUUUUUCAUGGAUAUCCUAAUGCUGAUUCGUUCCUAUCAAAAUUAAUAUUUGGUGGAAAAAAUAUAUUGAUUUUUAAAAUAUAAAUACCGAUAGCAAAUAAUUGCUAUCUGAAAUACAAGGCUUAGAAUGCCUUUUAAGUCUUUUUUAAAACAACCACCACCACCACCAAUUAAUAUUUGGAUUUAUACUGUAGUGUCCUAACCAGGGUACUGGUGCCCACAAAGCCAGAUAACUGCCUUUGCAGCCAACAAUACAGGGUGACAUUUAAAGUCUGGAAAUCGGUAUUGUAUGGUAAUAGCAACCAAGCUCCCUCCUAUACAAUAGAUAACAAUUCUACUGUUUCUUAAAUGUUUGGCUGCAUUCCAAAGCAUAAUCCACUGCCACAUAGAAGUGGGCUGCCUAGCAGCUUCAAUGGCUUUUAACUGUAGCAAAAGAAAAGAAGCAACAUUUGCCUAAAAAUCAGCAGUACUCUGGGGGAUGAAAAGGAGCAUGGUGUUUAAAAGUUUACAUAUUGAAAUGGUUGCACCUCUUCCUGUCAUAGCCUAAUUCUCACCAUGUGUGUGAGUGCACUUUAUUUUCAAAAGUGAAUAAACUUGUUCCAGAUGUUUCAAAUGAA